GCAUUCAACGUUCCAUUUUUUACGCAAAAAGACGAGUGUUUUUGACGCUGGAAUACCGUGCAGGUUUUUCAGGAGUUUUAGCAGCUGCACGUGAGAGGGAAACGCGAUGCUGGCUCGGGGGCUGAUGAGCGGCCGGAGUGGGCUUCGGGGCCGAGGUUCGGGUGGAUUCCUUCAAACUACAGUACUGGGUGGGAGAACGGGACAACAGGAGAGACACGGAUCAACCGAAGUGGCCCUGAAGCGAACCCCUCUUUAUGAAUUCCACCGAGCUCAUGGAGGUAAAAUGGUGGAGUUCGCAGGAUGGAGCAUGCCUGUGCAGUACACAGACAGCCACAUCAGCUCGCACCUCCACACACGCCAACACAGCUCCAUCUUCGAUGUCAGCCACAUGCUACAGACCAAAGUCCAUGGGAAAGAUCGAGUAAAGUUCAUGGAGUCAUUGAUUGUUGGAGACAUUGCAGAGCUGAAGGACAACCAGGGCACGCUGUCCCUCUUUACCAACGAUAAAGGGGGCAUCAUAGAUGACCUGAUAGUGACUAAGACAGAUCAGGGUUAUCUGUAUGUGGUGUCCAACGCUGGCUGUGCUGACAAAGACUCUGCUCAUAUGGAGGCAAACCUCCAGCGGUUUAAAGCUGCAGGCCAUGAUGUUGAUUUAGAGUAUUUAGACGAGAGUUUGAUUGCUAUACAGGGUCCGUCAACAGCACAGGUGCUACAGGAAGGUGUGUGUGACGACCUCAACAAGCUGACCUUUAUGACCAGUGUUUUGACCCCAGUGUUUGGCAUCCAGAACUGUAGGAUCACUCGCUGUGGAUAUACAGGGGAGGAUGGAGUUGAGAUAUCUGUUCCUUGUGGGAGUGUGGUAGAGUUAAUGGAGAAACUGCUCAUCAAUAGUGAGGUAAAACUAGCUGGCCUUGGUUCAAGAGACAGCCUUAGACUGGAAGCAGGACUCUGUCUCUAUGGCAACGACAUUGAUGAGACUACGACACCUGUGGAAGCAAGUCUCGUAUGGACUAUAGGAAAGCGUCGUCGGCAGGCGAGAGAUUUCCCUGGAGCUGAUGUCAUCGUUCCACAGAUCAAAGCUAAGACUCAGAGGAAAAGAGUGGGGCUUAUGUCUACUGGCCCACCAGUUCGACAGCACACGCCCAUCCUUAGCCCUGAAGGCAAAGUAAUAGGUGAGGUCACCAGUGGAUGCCCUUCUCCCUGCCUAAAGCAAAAUGUUGCCAUGGGUUAUGUAGAAACAAGUUUCAGUAAAUUAGGAACAUCUGUUCAUGUAGAGGUGAGGAAGAAGGUGGUACCAGCAGUGAUCAGCAAGAUGCCGUUUGUCCCUACACGCUAUUAUACUGGACAGUAAACAGAAUAAAAUUAAUCUACUAAUGGAGAGUGAUAUUCAAUGAAAGUGGUAGACAGAUGUCUUUUCUAUAGUUGUAUUUUAAAUUCAAUUACAGUAUUGUCAUAUUGUGUGAAUGUGUAGAAGGCCUGGAGUCUGGAGUAUACAGCAUAUACAUUCCAAAACAAACAUGCUCAUAUGUACAAGUAUACUUUAAAUACUAUGCUUCAAAUUUGUUGUUUUAUUCUAUAAUGCAUUGUAAUUCAGAGAUAAACCUUCAGCUUAUUUUUUUACACUUUGCUUAAUAAUACUGACCAACAUAUAGGUGGCAUUAGGGCAAAUAGUUACUAGCAAGAUUAUAAAUACAUGUUGUCUCCUAUAGUUAGAGGCUUUUAUUUGUCCAAUUCUAACUCGUAGCUGCACUAAGUGGUGGUAAUUAUUAUUGAUUAUAGUUUAGAAUUUGAUUUAAAGUCUGUCUUGCUACUGCUAAGUUUGUGCUUUGGUUUGCAAAGAAUUAAUUCCUGCUUUGUUAUUCUAAACUGUGAAACCAAACAAGGGCCAAAAUUUCAAUGACAUUUUUUUAUUAUUAUUAUUUUUACACUUUUAAAUGUCUUAAAUUGUUAGAGUAUAAGAUGAAAUCUAAAAAUGUCUAAGAAAAUAUUUAAUAGCAAUAAAAAUGUUUCCCUUAGU